AUGAAUCCAUCCGUCAGUUUCACGGUUUCCACGAAGAAGACGAGCAAACCGGUGGUGAUGCGUCAGCGUGUUUACGACUUCCUGUACGAUCCGCUUCACACGGUUUGCUCCGAGGUGGAUCACAUCCGGUCCAGAGCCUCAUUAAACAGACUGCGGCGCCUGGCGGAGUAUGACACCAUGUUCGGCAGCCUGCCGCAGCACCCGGGCUUCACGCUGCAGCCGGACCCCUCGGACCCCGUGCCCAAGUCGGUGGACCGGGCCUGGCGCGGCUACAGGGACCAGCACAGCAUGACUCUGCAGCAUCUCACCGGGUAACAGCAGCCGCUCCGGAGCCGGGUCCCGGCACAAAGUCAUCGUGGGGCUGAUCUCUGGAAAUACUUUCAACGACCUCUGGUCCCCUUGACUCGGCGGCUUCCCACUGACGUGAUCUAUGGUUUGCAACAAGAGAACGCUGCGGCGGCUGGUGGGAAGAAAGCAGUGAAGCAGCCCACCCACGCCACGGUGGGGGUGCAGACGGACUACAGGGAGAGCGAGACGCAGACCGACCCGUACUGCCCCGAGUUCGUGAUCCGCCCGGGCACGACUCCCACGGACCUGCUGGAGCUGGCUCCUCUGACCUGGGGUCACGGUCUGCCCGCUGGCCUGGCGGAGGUGGAGAUCAUCGAGCGGGCCCGGGCCAAACGGGUCUGGGAGGCGAGUCUCCCCCCCCAGGACGACCUGAGUCAGCUGGACAAGAGGAGGCGGAUGAUGGAGGAGAUGGAGGCCAAGGAGUGGGCCUUCAGGGAAACAGAGAUCCAGAAGCUGCAGGAGUCCCGCCUGGUGGUGCUGACGCAGCUACUGAGGCAGAGAGACGAGGUCCAGAGAGACAUGACAGACCAGAGACUGACACACAGCUACUUCAAGCUCCUGAGCCACCGGGAGGGAAAACUACACAAGACCCACAGCCACCACACCCGCUCCCUGAGGAAACUGCAAACCAAGGGAAGGAGCAUGAAGGCCCAGGUGAAGCGACUCGGCCUGAAAGACACUGAGUUCGUCCCUCACUCCCUCAGGGGAUCGUUCACCGGAGCUCCCAGCAGCGCGCCCAAGAAACACCACCUGAACACAUACGAAGGCCUGAUGGAGCUGGAGGCCCGGUCCUCCACCCCGCUCUGUCAGCUGCGGCUGAAAAGAUCCAAAGACGUCAUCAAGGACGUGAUCCAGCCGUCCGUGAAGAAAGCGUUAGAGCAAAUGAACACAUACAAGGCGCUGAGGGAGAAGAGGACGGAGAUGCCGUUACGUUUCCUGGUCAAGAAGGAGAAGCCGGUUCCUCGUCCGGCCACGCCCGUCGUGGAGGAGCCGUCCGAGGAAGAAGAGGAGACGGAGCUCGCUGUCAUCCACCUGCAGAAGCUGCUGAGAGGAAAGAGCGUCCAGAACGAGAUGUUUAAGGGCAAAGAAAACCACAUGGACCUGAUCCAGGAGCUGAGGACGGUCCACGCUCUGCAGAGACAAGAGCAGGAGCUGCAGCGGGUGGACAAGGAGCUGAUGAUCACCCUGAAGACACAGAGAGACAAAGAGAGACUCGAGACGUGUCAGACCGAGGCGUCCCAGGCCCGAGUGAUCGGCGUGGAGCUGGAGGACAUGUUCGACACCUUGUCCAAGGAGCUGAUUCGUCUCCAGGAGGAGCGGCGGAUCCACGCCUUCACGCUCCUCGCCGAGAGGGAGCGCCGCAUCCGAGAGGCGGAGGAGAGCGGCCGGAGGCAGCUGGAGGAGUACAGACGCAGAGAAGAGGAUGAGAUCUUCAGACAAGUGGUGGAGAUUCACCAGGAAACUGUGGACUUCUAUCUGGAGAGCGUCAUCCUGGGAACCGUGGAGCAGACGGCGGACGACCAGGCCCGAGAGGAGAUCCGCCGGAGAGCGAAGGAGAUCAACGACAUCGUUUACGCUGCGGAGAAAAGCAGGAACAACCUUCAGUCGGAGGAGAUCGUGUCAGAGCUGGUUUACAGUUUCCUCAUCCCAGAGGUGGAGAAGAUCAACAUCAGGAGAAGAGUUCACGCGAGGCAGCAGAAACACUUGCAGGCCGUUCGGGAGCUCAUCAAUGAGGCUGCAGAGGGUUCUGGGAUCCGUCCCUCCUCCCCUCCUUCCUGCGUUGAGGAGCUGAGCAGCCAAGAGCCGGAUCAUCAGCAGGAAGCAGAACCUGAACCUCACGGAGUAGAGACCUCAACGACUGAUCCUACCGAGUAA